AUGCCCACGCUGGCCCAAGUGCAGUCCCUGUAUGCGGCGACGCGCGCCGGCGCGUCCCGCUUCGCGUCGUACAACUUCCACGCGUACUUCCUCCGGCGGACAGACGAGAGCUUCGCGCCCGCGCUCGCGACACUAGGCGACACGACGACGAUCCCGGCGUCUGUUGGCGCGCGCAAGCUGUCCGAGGCUGACCUGGCCAAGUGGUACGACGCCGCCAAGGCGGCAGCGCCGGUCGUCGAGCGCGCCGGCGAGAUCAACGCGCUGUACGCUACGGGCGACAAGCUGGUCGUUGAGAACACCGACUCGAGGCAUGGCAAGGCAUAG